AUGCCGUAUUUAAAGGAACCAAAACCUUUAAAAAUUACGUUUUUUUCGUUAGCGUUACAAUCGUUGCCGCUAAAAUCGUUGGCGCCAAAAGCGGUACCUCCCGGCGCCAAUACGAACGCCGCACCCUUACGGGGAACCGCGCGGCUCGUUGGCAAUUUUGCGCUGGAUGCGCUUUUGGAUAACGGUUUAACGUUCGUAGCGCGCAAAUUGUUUGGCCGAUAUGGUAUAAAAGGAUUUAGCUUUUUGGAUGGCCUUACGGGCGCGAAAUUGGGCUUUAAUAAGCUUUUCGAAAAGUUUCGGUAUCGUUUUGGGCAAUCGUUUGUAAACGUUUUAAUAUGCUUAACGACCAAAACAACGGCUACAAAAUACCGUACGCUCCGUAUAAUUAUUUUUAAAAAAAGGCAAAUAAAUAAGGUUUUAAUUAUCGUUUUAUUAAAAAUCGAUAACUUUCCGCGACGGGAGCGCGUUGCGGAUAUUUAUAUAAAGCAAAAAAAAGGCAAUGUCCGUUUUAAAAGCAAAUCCAUUAAAAUUAAAAGCGUUGCGGCGGCCUACCGGUUAGGUUUAAAUAUCCAAAAGGAACGGCUAAAUACCAAUUAUUUACGGUUACAAUCGUUAAGGUUAUUGGAAUGGUUAUUAAAUGCACAAAAAGGAAAAAAAAGGCGGCUUAGCGGGAUACCCACGGGCGAAACCGCCCGGCAAAAAGCGGGAAGCGUUAAAUGUACGGGCGAAACCGCCCGGCAAAAAAAAAAAAAGGGCGCUGGCAGCCAGCCGGGCACGAACCCCCCGGGAACAUGCCGGCAAGUUACCGAUAUCGCGGCCAAAGCAUAA